AUGGAUCCUAUCGACCCGGUCGAGGACCCCAGGACCUCUAAUGGAAAUCCUCAGGAGAUCCAACCCACAGGGCAACCCACAGAGUCUGGCCCCGUCAGGCCGGGCCUUGGCUCGUUACGCUCUCGGGGCGACUCACGAAUGCGACGACCGAGUAUUCGCUUGUCUCGCUUCCCAUCUCUCGCUUCACUCGACAACGCCAAUCAACCGGCGUCUCAAUCAGGGAGUCGACCACCAUCGUCCUUUGAACCGAGGCCCAUCCCGUCCCCUCCCCCCAAUGAAGAGGACGAAUCAUGGCUGGCAAACCGACGACGCAGUAACUCGGAGCCAAAUCCAGGACAAUGGCCAUUCCCCCCUCCCGAUGGCCUCUCUCGAGUGGCGACCCCUAUGCGGAUGUUGCCUCUGACCGAGGAAGCCUCACACCAAAGUCCGGCACCCCCUUCUCCAGCGGCAAUAUUGCCUGGACGGGCUCGGUCCGACUGUGACCAACCUGACCUGGAGCAAGGCGAGGUCCCUCCCGCCCCAGUGCGACCGGGCCGGCUUAGACGAAGUAGUCAAGCUGCGAUGAAUCGCUUUAGUCGGAACCGUGCAGCUACAGUGACAGGGACUGCACCAACUCUGAGCACGCAACAGGAGGAGCAACGCCAGGAUGAGUAUGGAUCUCACGUGGUCGAUGUGCUGGACGUGAUCGAUCCCGAGGUUUCCGCGCUUUCCACUCUCACCAAUGUCCAAAACUCUCUCUUCGUGCCGAAUCUGGGUAGUUUCGUCAACCGCAUGCCCACAUAUACGAUUACACGGCCACAAUAUUCUUCUUCAGAUGAUGAACCGGGAACUGCAACGGACGAUAAUGAACUGUCCGAUGACAAGCUUAAGGAGCGGCCGAAUUUAGAACAAGUCCAUUUCACGAGCAUGUCCUCGGUGUUGCCUGGUCCCAAGUAUGCCGUUCUUCCAGGAGGGCAGGUUGAAGGAUGGAGCAGAGAAGAUUAUGCUGAACUAAAUGAUCAUGUUCGACACAUGCUUCACUCUCGGCGGUCCAAGUUCAAACGGGCCAUGAAAGGAUUUAGGCAAUACAUAAAGAAGCCCCUCGGCUUUCUUGUGACUCUCUACGCAACUUUGAUCACUCUGUUCGGUCUGGCCUGGGUUCUUUUCUUGAUUGGUUGGAUCAAUCUCGGUGCCAGACAAAGUUAUGUUGUCAAUAUCAUCGAUAACAUUUUAGUUGCCCUGUUCGCCAUCAUGGGUGACGGACUGGCUCCUUUCCGCGCCGUGGAUACAUAUCACAUGAGUUUCAUUGCCCAUUACACACUCAAGUCGUGGAAACUUCGUCAGAAGCGGGCCCUUCCAAGCCUCAAGGAUAAGAACGAUCUUCCGUCGAAGCCGGAGACCGACGCCGACCUUGAAUUUGGUGAAGCAGUCAAGGAAGAGGAACAUGAAUUUUCUGUUCUCAGUGCUCAUCAACAGUUACGAUUGAUGCAUCACCAGAAUAAGUUCGCAAAGUCGCAUACUUUCUAUAAGCCGCACGAAACUAUGACCCACCACGCCUUCCCUCUACGCUUACUCAUCGCUAUUGUCGUCAUCCUCGACUGUCACUCUAUACUCCAAAUGGCUCUUGGUGCCUGUACCUGGAGUAUGGAGGACCCUCAUAGGCGCCCAUUCGCUCUAACAACGGUUAUCCUUUGCUUCUCCAUCACUUGUAACAUCUCAGGUGGUGUGAUGAUCAUGAUCGGUGACCGGCGCACCCGAAAGAAGGAUGUUGUCGAACGGCUGUUCCGCCAACAGCUGACCGAAGAAGCCAUGAGGAAGAUGGAAAAGAAGAGGAUCAAGGAGGAACGCCGCAGUCUUCAGAUUGAGCGGACCAGUACCCAAAUCGAGCGGCCCGGUGCGCAGAUUGGCCGUUCCAGUGCUCAGAUUGGCCGCUCUAGUGCUCAUAUCGACCGCUCAGCGCCGCAUGGGGGCACCUGA